AUGGCAUCAUCAUCCCUCCCCUCCAAGACCCUCCAGGUCUCGCCCACGAUCACGUACAAGUACUACUACUCCCCGGCCUCCGAGCCGGCCCUGCAGACCCUGCUCUUCCUCCACGGCUUCCCCUCCACCGCGGCCGACUUCCGCCCGCAGCUCGAGCACUUCGCGUCCCGGGGCUACGGCGUCCUCGCGCCCGACCUCCUCGGCUACGGCGGGACCUCGAAGCCGGCCGACGCGCGCGAGUACGUCUGGCGCGCCAUGAGCGCCCACGUCGCCGCCAUCCUCGACGCCGAGGGCCUUGCGGGCCGCGCCGUCGUCGGCGUGGGCCACGACCUGGGCUCCUGGUUCCUGAGCCGGCUGUGCCACCUCCUGCCGCCGCGGCUCGGGCUCGCGGGGCUCGUCUUCCUGGACGUCGGGUACGCCCCGCCCGGCGGGCGGUUCGACGUCGAGGCGAUCAACCGCGUGACGGCGGAUGCGGCGACGGGCGACGAGCGGUUCCGGUACUGGGACCUCUUCGCGGGCGGGCCGGAGGCCGUCGCGCUGAUGGACCGCGAGGCCGCGUCCGUGGUGUCGCUGAUGCACGCGCCGCCCGGCGUGAUGGCGGCAAACCUCGGCCCGCGGGGGCGGGCGAGGGAGUGGGUGUCCGCGGGCCGUGUGGUCGCGCCGGCGGCGGCGGCGGCGGCCGGGGACGCCUUCGCCACGGAGGCCUACCUGCGGGAGAAGACCGCCGUGUUCCAGGAGGGCGGGUGGACGGGGCCGACGAAUUGGUACAGGGCGCUGCGGGACAACCUCUCGUUGGAGGACGAGAGGGACAUGGAGAAGGGGAUCCGGGUGCCGGUGAUGGUGGUCGGGUGCGGGCGGGACGAGAUGACGACGGCGGGGCUGCAGGACCAGAUGACGAGGCCGUGGGCCGGGGCCGGGUACCGCUUCGAGGUGCUCGACACGGGGCACUGGGUCAUGCUCGAGGACGCGGCGGGGACGAACAGGUUGCUGGGCGAGUUUCUGGACGGUCUUCCCUGA